AUGUUGUCUGUUAUAGUUGGGAUAUUGUGGAGAAGAGCUCUCACUGAGAACAAUUCUGAUGACUAUUUGCCACUGGCUCAAUUCAAACUUGGUUUAGCAGAAAUUCUAACAAGAUCCCACGUAACUUCAAAAAAGCGAGGCAGACCUAAUAGCUCACUACAGCCUCAACUGGAUUUAAAAAAAAGGAAAUAUCCUUUUGCGGAAAUACCAGCCCAAGAAAUUCGUCGCGACAAUGUGGGACAUCUUCCUGAGUAG